UAGGAAACACCAUGGAAGAUUUUAAACAUCAGAAAACAAAUGGUAACACUCGCAACGCUGACAACUGCUGCCUGUUUACCAGGAUAAUCACAAAAUAAAUCUCCUUCUCUGCAGUCAGCAGGUGAACAGCCACUAACUCCGUCUGCAAGAUGUGCUGCUAUUAGUCCUAAGCUUUCUUACGGCUUCAGGCAGUGCCCUAAAUCACCUUGUCAGACUGCAGAGGCAGGCUUGUCUCGGCAUUCCCAGCCCAGAAGAGAAGCAGCAGACCAAGUCACAAAGCGAAAUGAGUGCCGGGGCUGGGAGGUGAACACGGAGUAACAGUACAGGAGUUUCCAGCAGGAAUAUACGAUCACAGCGCUAUUCCAGGAGCUCUAAUCAGCACGGUAUCUGCCUGAACACCUAUACAGCGAUACUCAGAGGAAGCAGUAAAGAUAAAAAGGGCUUUGAGACUGUGAGGAGCAGAUGCAAUCAUGGUCACGAUAUUAAUAUUUAGCUUAGUGUUUGCACACACCAGGCUCAUCGGAAAAGACCUCGGAGACUACAAAUGCCACGUGGAAAAUGCCUCAGCCACAGCCGGCCACAUAAGGAGCCUGGACGUCUUUCUGCAAGCCCCUGGGAUAGCAGCAACCAAAGGGACGUUAAGCAGAAGCCAAAAAGUCAGCACUCUGGAAUGCUUUAGUCAUCGAAGCCCCGUGCAAGUCAAUCUGCUGCACUUGGAGAAGAUGCUUGGAGAUUUGGCAGAGCAGGCUGUAGAGAAGUGCACCCUGCAGAGCAUCGAAGUCAUCACCACUGCAGUCAGAGCACCCGCUCUCAACCACAGCUGUGUUUUACUGACACCCAGGAGAAGGAAGCUUCAUAGAAAAUUUAUUCUUAGAGGAAAAGUGUUUCUGCCAGGGAUAUCCAACCGUGCUGUAAAAGCAACGCUGCUCAAGCGGAAGGUUUUUACUGAGGCUCCGACUACCCCACCUGUGCACCACAAAAACCAGACUUCACAGGAGGGAAUUACACCCAGAAACGACAAAGAUUUGCUGAUCAGACAAAAAAUAAGCAUCUUCAUUAAACUGCUCAUCGUCUGCAUCCUGUUAGUCACUGCCAUAUGCUACAUGGUGAUUGUCAUAUGCGAAAUUCCCUGCUCGAGCUUGUGCUCUGCCUGGAUGGCCUGCAGACGGAGCAGCAGCGGAAGCACGUACGCAGCCUCAGAGCCAGUGGGUCACCAAACGGGGACGCUUCUAACCCAGCUGCUUGAGGACACGAAAGAGAAAUCACUGCAAUGCUUUGUCUGACUCUGACUCCCUUCCACAGACAGAAGCAUAAUACCAAGACUCUUAAAUGAAAAGAUCCCAAAUCCUUGUUAUCCAUGAAACCCACCCAAGAAAUGCCGCAGGUCUUGUUGGAACACCCUUUUCACUCAGACUCCUCACCUUUCUCCUCCCCACCGACUGGAAGCAGCAGAUUGAACACCAGCAGCUUCAACAACCACAGCCCAACCGCUGCAGAGUGAAACCAGACUUAACAUCAGAGG